AUGGAAGUGGAGAAGUCAAAAUCAAGGCAUGAAAGCAGGGAAGAGAGGGCUGAAAACGAUGGUUCACUUGCUAGAGAUUACAGAGAGGGAAGGAGGAGAGAAAAGGAUCAUAGGAGCAAGGAUAAAUAUAAGGAUUACGACCGAGAUAGGAACAGGGACAAGGAGCGUGAACGGGACAAGGACCAACGAAGGGAAAAGGAGAAAGAGAGGGACCGGAAAAGAGAUAAAGAGGGAGACACGGAGAAAGAGAUCUCUAGAGGUAGAGAUAAAGAGAGGGAGAAAGAAAAGAGCAGAGACAGGGAAAGGGAUAGGGAGAGAGAUCGGGUGAAAGAAAAGGAGAGGGAAAAAGAAAGGGAUAAACAUAAAGAUAGAGAAAGGGAGAGGGAUAUUGAGAAGGAAAAAGAUCAGGAGAAAUUGAAAGAAAGGUCUAAGGAGAAGGAGAAGGAUGGAUACAAAGACCAGGAUAGGUCAAGAGGGACGGAUAGAGCGAGCAAGAAAAGCCAUGAAGAUGAUGAUGAGACUGAAAAAACUGUGGAAAGAUAUGAGCAUUAUGAUAACAGAGUUUCAAAUGAAAGCGAGGAUAAUGUUGGUGCUGCACCAAGUGGGAAAGAAGGAUCUGCAUCGGAACUUCAGAAUCGCAUCUUGAAGAUGAGAGAGGAAAGAAAGAAGAAAGAAGAAGAUGCUUCUGAUGCUCUAUCAUGGGUUGCAAGGAGCCGUAAGAUUGAGGAAAAAAGAAAUGCUGAGAAGCAAAGAGCUCAUCAGCUCUCGAGAAUUUUCGAGGAGCAGGACAAUCUUAACCAAGGUGAGGAUGAAGACGGCGAGGAUGGGGAGCAUCUAUCUGGUGUAAAAGUUCUACAUGGUUUGGAGAAAGUGGCGGAAGGUGGAGCAGUUAUCUUGACACUAAAAGACCAGAGUGUCCUUGCCGAUGGAGACGUGAACAAUGAGAUUGACAUGCUAGAAAAUGUGGAAAUUGGAGAACAGAAGCGUCGGAAUGAAGCUUAUGAAGCAGCCAAGAAGAAAAAGGGAACAUAUGAUGAUAAGUUUAAUGAUGAACCUGGGGCAGAAAAGAAGAUGCUUCCGCAGUACGAUGAGCCUGCUACUGAUGAGGGGAUAUUUUUGGAUGCAAAGGGUCGCUUUACCGGUGAAGCAGAGAAGAAGCUGGAGGAGCUGCGUAAGAGAAUUCAGGGUCAAACGACAAAUACUUUUGAAGACCUUAACUCAUCAGCAAAGGUCUCAUCAGAUUACUUCUCACACGAAGAAAUGCUACAGUUCAAAAAACCAAAGAAAAAGAAAUCAUUGCGGAAAAAGGAUAAAUUGGACGUAAGCGCGCUCGAAGCAGAAGCUGUUGCAUCGGGACUCGGAGCUGAGGAUCUCGGUUCUCGCAAAGACGGCAAAAGGCAGGCAUUGAAAGAAGAGAAAGAAAGGUUCGAGGCUGAAAAACGGAGCAGUGCCUAUCAGGCAGCCAUUGCUAAAGCUGACGAGGCAUCAAGACAACUCAGAAUGGAACAAUUUAAGCCUAUCAAAAGAGAAGAAGACGAGAGUUCAGUGUUGGCUGAUGAUGCUGAAGAUCUUUAUAAAUCGUUAGAGAGAGCUAGGAAGUUAGCUUUGACAAAGAAAGAGGGAGCUGUACCUGGUCCUAGAACAGUUGCGCAUCUUCUGGCUUCGAGCACCAAUCAAACGACUGAUGAUAAUAGCGCUGAGACACAAGAAAAUACAGUGGUUUUCACAGAGAUGGAUGGAUUUGUCUGGGGUCUCCAGCGCGAUGAAGAUGUGCGGAAGCUUGAAAGCGAAGAUGUUUUCAUGGAAGAAGAUGAAGCACCAAAAGCUGCUGAAGAAGUAAAAGAAGAGCAACCCGAUGGUUGGACAGAAGUAAAAGACACUGAUAUGGAUGCAGCAGAGCCUUCAUCAGAGACCGAAGAGACAACUCCGGAUUCAACUAUACACGAGGCUCCGCUUGGAAAAGGAUUAUCUGGUGUAUUGCAGCUUUGUAAAGACCGAGGAACCCUAAAGGAGAAGACCGACUGGGGUGGUAGAAACAUGGACAAAAAAAAGAGCAAGCUUGUGGGCAUUGUGGAUGAUGAUGGAGGUAAAGAGAGAUUCCAUGAUAUCCGGAUUGAGAGGACUGACGAGUUUGGUAGAACUUUAACUCCAAAAGAAGCCUUUCGUUUACUCUCUCACAAGUUCCACGGGAAAGGGCCUGGAAAAAUGAAGGAAGAGAAGCGGAUGAGACAGUACCAGGAAGAGCUCAAGUUAAAGCAGAUGAAAAACUCAGACACACCGUCUCUCUCUGUCUCAAGAAUGAGAGAAGCUCAAGCUCAAUUGAAAACUCCUUACCUUGUCCUCAGUGGCAAUGUCAAACCAGGACAAACGAGUGAUCCACAGAGCGGGUUUGCGACUGUUGAGAAGGAUGUUCCUGGAAGCUUAACACCGAUGCUUGGUGACAAAAAGGUGGAGAUGUUCUUGGGAAUAAAGCGGAAACCAGAGCCUGGAAACUCGAAUACUCCACCAAAGAGACCAAGGCCUUGA